AUGGAGCCCGUGUGCCAUGGGCCUCAGACCAACGUGGUCCGGUCUCCAGAUUGGGCUUUGAUUCACGACAAUGUCGGGGCGAAGCGCCACCGCAAGGUCAUCUGCGACAACAUCCAGGGCUUCACCAAGCCGGCCAUUCGCCGCCCCGCCCGCCGCGGCGGCGUCAAGCGCAUCUCGGGGCUCAUCUACGAGGAGACCCGCGGCGUCCUCAAGAUCUUUCUAGAGAACGUCAUCCGCGACGCCGUCACCUACACCGAGCACGCCCGCCGCAAGACCGUCACGGCCAUGGACGUCGUCUACGCCCUCAAGCGCCAGGGCCGCACCCUCUACGGCUUUGGUGGGUGAACGAGUCGCACCGCCCCUGUCGAUGUUGCCGCCGCUGCCCGUGAUGCCUGGCGAGCUCGAUCGGGGUAGGGUUUUCCUUUUGGUUACUGGCCAUCGGAGGUAAAAAAAAGGCGUCAUCUUAUUUUGGAUUCACGAAAUGGAAAUCUUGGAAGCUGUAGUCGAACGCUCGCGAUUUAUUUCCUCCUCCAUUCUUCAUGAAACCCUCCGUCUAUAAUUAUAGCUGAUGUUGUGAACAGCAAUCAAUGAGCAACAUGUCUUCUUCUGCUGCUAUUUUAUGUGAAUGUGUGGGGCGAAUGACUUGAAUGGUUUUCCUCUCAGUGGUGUGAGCUGUAGUAGUUCAUCGGCCAGUAACAUGAAAUGGUGUGACUCGAGAAAAGAGAGGCUAUUGUAAUGGAAGUCAGAUGUGCAAUUUGCACAUCCAGCAUC